AUGGUCGGCGUCCCAGAGGACGGCGGCGCCGCGUCGGCGCGGGCGGGCACCACCGGCUGCAAGGUCCCCGAGAGCGUGUUCGGUGGCAUGAAGGGGUACACUUACGCCGUUGCCGGAGACCACGACGGCGUCGGCUCCAUACAGACCGUGCUGAACACCGUGAAGAGGCGAGGGUCUAAUUGGCGAGACCGCGACGAGGCGUACUCGAAGUACGAGCUCACGGAGACGGCCGAGGACCUCUUGGAGUUUCUCGGCCCCGCCGAGCAGGACAAGCUCCAGAGGACCCGACGAUCGCGGGCGUCCUGGACGUAUUCGCCGCCCUCGAGCCCGAGGUCUCGGAGCCGUACGACGGACAGCCGCUCGUCGGGGGCGACGGGCGCAGCCAGCUCGUGA